AUGAACGGGCGAGAGGCGGGCAAGAGGCGGCGGGCAAGAGGCGGCGGGCAAGAGGCGGCGGGCAAGAGGCGGCGGGCAAGAGGCGGCGGGCAAGAGGCGGCGGGCAAGAGGCGGCGGGCCAGAGGCGGCGGGCAAGAGGCGGCGGGCAAGAGGCGGCGGGCAAGAGGCGGCGGGCAAGAGGCGGCGGGCAAGAGGCGGCGGGCAAGAGGCGGCGGGCAAGAGGCGGCGGGCGAGAGGCGGCGGGGGAGAAGCGGCGUGCAAGAGGCGGCGGGCAAGAGGCGGCGGGCAAGAGGCGGCGGGCAAGAGGCGGCGGGCAAGAGGCGGCGGGCAAGAGGCGGCGGGCAAGAGGCGGCGGGCAAGAGGCGGCGGGCAAGAGGCGGCGGGCAGAGGCGGCGGGCGAGAGGCGGCGGGCGAGAGGCGGCGGGCGAGAGGCGGCGGGCAAGAGGCGGCGGGCAAGAGGCGGCGGGCAAGAGGCGGCGGGCAAGAGGCGGCGGGCAAGAGGCGGCGGGCAAGAGGCGGCGGGCAAGAGGCGGCGGGCGAGAGGCGGCGGGCGAGAAGCGGGCGGGCGAGAGGCGGCGGGCGAGAGGCGGCGGGCGAGAGGCGGCGGGCGAGAGGCGGCGGGCGAGAGGCGGCGGGCGAGAGGCGGGAUCCAUUCGUAGAAAGUCCCAGAAGUUACAAGGGGUACCGCCGGCCCGCAGGUACCGCCGGGCCCGCAGGUACCGCCGGCCCGCAGGUACCGCCGGCCCGCAGGUACCGCCGGCCCGCAGGUACCGCCGGCCCGCAGGUACCGCCGGGCCCACAGGUACCGCCGGGCCCGCAGGUACCGCCGGGCCCACAGGUACCGCCGGGCCCGCAGGUACCGCCGGCCCGCAGGUACCGCCGGCCCGCAGGUACCGCCGGGCCCGCAAGUACCGCCGGGCCCGCAGGUACCGCCGGGCCCGCAGGUACCGCCGGGCCCGCAGGUACCGCCGGGCCCGCAGGUACCGCCGGCCCGCAGGUACCGCCGGGCCCGCAGGUACCGCCGGGCCCACAGGUACCGCCGGGCCCGCAGGUACCGCCGGGCCCACAGGUACCGCCGGGCCCGCAGGUACCGCCGGCCCGCAGGUACCGCCGGCCCGCAGGUACCGCCGGCCCGCAGGUACCGCCGGCCCGCAGGUACCACAUCUCGGCGGAGGCCUUCUCUCAGUCUCCCGCUCCUCUGCCUCUCACAUCCAUUUGUGGUUAUUUUUAGCGGCUGUUGCUUCCCGCAAUAAAAGCCAGGCGUGUGUAGCUCAGCAGUUUGCGACGGGGCUGCAGAGGAGGAGGCUAAAAAUAGUCCUGGAGCAAAAUAAAAAAAGAAGAAAACCCAAGAGCGAGAAAAGGAUGGAGAGAGAGAGAGUUCAGCCGGUCCAUGAGCAGGUUGUGGAGCUAUAG